UUAGGUCCUAACGUUAUCACCUUUUCAAGAAAUGUGAGUAUUUUCCGCUUAAAUAACGAAAUAAGUCAUACAUAGACUUCUAACAACAACCUUUUAAUGUAAUGGUUCGAAGACUAGUUAAGAAAACAGCAAACAUGCACAAAAACGCAAGGUACUAGGGGCAAAGGUGAAAAUGAUGAUGAUGAUCAUGAUGGCGGAUGAGGACGGAAAAAUUUCGGCUGCGACGGAAGAAGACGCAGAAACAACUCCAGAUGCGGGGAACACCGCGGAUACGAACGUGUCACCAGAAGCACCCCCAGACCAGGAUGAACACCAGCCCUCCCUGGACACGGUCAGUACCACCACCAACAGCUCAGUAGGAGCGGCUACCCUGGACAGCACAGCAGGCACAGCUACCCUGGACAGCACAGCCGGCACCCAGCCUGAGGAGCUCAGGGGGCUGUGCAGGGACAUGUUUGAGAAGAUGACUCUCUACCUGAAUGGAGAGCUGUCAGUUGUGUGCGAUGACUACAAGUUACUGGAGAGUAUGAACAAGGUGUCGGCUGCCAAGUAUGCUGAGAUGAGGGGUGUGGCAGCUGGAGUUAGCAAGGCCAUGGUGGACCUCAACGAGAAAUAUGCCAGCCUGCAGCCGUACCUGGACCAGAUUGAUCAGAUCGAGGACAGUGUGGCCAGUCUGGAGCAGGCAGCCUACAGACUUGAUGCGUACUCCAAGAGAUUAGAAGCCAAGUUCAAGCAGCUGGAGAAGAGAUGAGAGUUUGCUGACCACUCCGCUGGUCAGUCAUGGACAUCAUCAUUCCAGCCAACUGGAUGUUGCUUACAUGUAGACUUGAAUAUUGUUAUUUGAUGAAGAGUAUGCCUAAAUUUUUUUACAUAGAAUGUGCUAUGUAAUACAGUCUUGGUGUAGCAAAGACACAGGAUAUGCUACAAGGUAUGCAAAUGAUUUGUUAUUUUCUUGAUUGUUACCAGUAUUGUUGUCAUGCAUUAUUUAAACUUAAUGUCUAAAAGUUUGAUUUGAAGCUACUACAAGAUCUGAAUAUUUCAUUUGUCAAGCUAAUGUGGAAGUGAACUAUACUACAUAAAGGAAUGAUCUUCUUUCUGUGGAGGCAUUUUAUACAAAGUUGGACUUAAGAUUCAUUUACAUUUCAGUUGAUGUUUUUGUUUGAUUUUGUAAUUGCUAUUUGAUAAAAUGAUUUGAUGUUAAGACUAAGCGAAGUUUCUAUGUUUGUAUUGACCUGUACGAGUACUUGUUAACAUCUUUUGGAUCAAAAUCUAUUAAAUAUUUGCUGUAUAAGUUUGUAAUGAUUUUGUCAGUAUGAUGACAAGGAACACCUGUUUCAGCAUACCUUCACUAUAAUGAAAAAGUAAUAAAUAAAUACAUAGAUUUAAGUA